AUGACUUUUCUGGAUCAUUUCCGAGAUGCCAAUUCCGGUCGUAUUAGCAACAGCAUAGUAUCAAUAAUUUCAGGAUUUCUGUUCGCACUAGGUUGGUGGAUAGCCAUCGAUGCAGCGGUUAUGUAUGCGGAAGACAAUGCUUUACCCAAUGCGUAUCACACUGCAGGUGUCUUCUGUACCAUUUCUUUUAUUCUAAUCAACAGUGUCCCUAAUGGAGUGUUGAGAGAUGAGUACUCAGACAGUCGUAUUGGUCGACGUGGAGCUCUUAUCUGUCUAUUUAUUGCCUUCUCAAUGGCUUUCAGCAGUGUGAUAGCCUCAUGUUGGAUACUCUUCGGAGGCUAUGUCUCUGUGGGGAAGAAACCAAUUUGGCCUGGUGUAGCUAUACUACUACAGAACUUACUACUUUGUAUAUCAUCAUUAUUAUUUAAAUUUGGAAGGAAAGAUCUUGAUGAAUUUUAA